AUUUGCGAUUUAGCCUUUUAGGAAAAGGGGAAUUCUAUUUUUCUAAUCGAAUUGGGUUCAGGGUUUUUGCCAUUUGACUUUACAUUUUGAAGAUUCUAGAGAGGUACUUGAAGAGGAAGUGCACUGCAUUUGUGACUUUUCUCGUGCAGUGAUUAGGGUUUUGUUGGUGCACUGGGAAGAAAGACAGCUGCUGUAUGUGUUCGAUUUGGUUCGUGAAUUGGGGAGAAUUUGUUCUUGCACUGUGAAGAAGGAGAAAGGGGAUAGGGUUUUGCAGAGUGAUGGCGGAACCUUCAAGAAACAUGGAGGUGGAGAAGCUGAUCUCCUAUACCGACGAUCUCGUUAAGGUAUUGGUUGAACCGCGUGACCUCAACAACCUCUCAUAUUGUCACCAACAAAACCUCUCUCUCUCUUCCUCUUCCCAUUCCCACCACCAAGACGUUCGCUCCUCCCUCCAAGAUUGUGAGAAAAAAGUAGAUGCUUGCAAACAGAAAAUAGAGGAAGCUAGAUCUGAGACUGUUGCUGACGCGGAACUGGACCUUCUGCAGAGAGAACUGGAGGAAGAACUUGAAAAAGAACGUUUGUUGAAAGAAGAGUUUAGAGCCAUUGGCGAUGAGUUUAAUGAUCUAGAACAGCAGUGGAUUUCUGUCCAAGAGCAAAAGAAGACCUUGCAGAAAAUUGAGAAGACUAAGCUAAGGGCACAGAUGAUACUGUCAAUGUAUGCUUCUGUGACAAAUAUUGUGCCUGACCUGGGUGAACAGUCCAAAAUCUCAGGCUAUAUUGUGGAUAAGCAUAAAGACGCAGUUGAGAAGUUUGAAUAUGAUACCUCUAAGAUGACUGCUUUUGAUAUAUGUAAUGGUGUUUGGAAAAUAAUUAGUGAGUGAUGCAUGUCAACCACAUAGGUUGAUACUUGCAACGAUGUAUUAUUUUCUCUAUUUUGAGUGGAAUCUUAGCAGUCCUACAAUUCACUCAUUGGUGUAAGAGUUCUGUCUUAAUUUAUUAUGAAUUUGCCAUGUUGAUAUUAACUACUCAGAGAAAGGUAAUAUAACUUGUAAUACUCAGUUUCA